AUGGAUCCAAACAUCAUCCCUCGCAAGCUCUGGGAACACCCAGACAUCCCAUCAACACAACUCUUCAAAUUCAAGCUCGCAGCAGAACGCAGCACAAACAAGUCCUUCCCAACAUACUCCUCCCUCUACGACUGGUCCAUAACCCACCAAUCCGACUUCUGGACCCUAGCAUUCAAACACUUCCCCAUUGUCUACACAGGAACCAUUCCCAGCCCAUGUUUCGACGAAAAAGCCCGGAUGGACAGUGUCCCAGCCUGGUUCAAAGGCGUGAAGCUAAACUUCGCGGAAAACAUCCUGUUCACAGGUGACUCGCAAGGCCGAGCCACGAAACGGGGCAAGGAAGACGAUAAGAUCGUGGUCAGGCAGGUGAGAGAAGGCUCCUUCGACGAGCCGAUCGUGACUCUUACCUGGGGCGAGUUGCGAAAGCGUGUAGGACGGCUAAGUAACGCGAUGCGAGCACGGGGUGUCCAUAAAGGAGACCGUAUCGCGCUUGUAGCGAGCACGAGUAUCGAUACAUUGACUGUUUUCCUCGCUGCGACGAGUCUUGGCGCGUUGUUCAGCAGCAGCAGUACGGAUAUGGGUGUUAAGGGGAUCUUGGAUAGAUUAUUGCAGAUCCGGCCAAAGUUCUUGUUCAUGGAUGACGCGGCGGUGUAUAACGGGAAGACUGUGGAUUUGAGGGCGAAGAUGAAGGAUAUUGUUGCGGGGAUGGAGGGUGUGAGUGAGUUUGUGGGUGUUGUUACGCAGACGAGAUUUAUGGAGCGAGGGCCGGCGGAUCUGGCUGAGGUGCCGAGGGCUCAGACGUGGGAUGGUUUCUUGUCGGUGGCUAGGGGUGAUGAUGAGUUGAGGUUCGAGUCUUGUGACUUUGACGAUCCUAUGAUUAUUGUUUACUCCUCUGGCACGACUGGGCAACCGAAGUGUAUAGUUCACAGAAUCGGAGGCGUUGUGCUUAAUGGGCACAAGGAAGGAAGAUUACACAGAGAGAUUGACGAAACGACCACGCAGCUACAAUACACUACGACAGGAUGGAUCAUGUACCUUGGCUCGAUACAGGCGCUGUUGAUGGGUGCCAGGAUAGUCACGUAUGACGGAAGUCCUUUUUUGCCACGACCAGAUGUUUUCGUGAAGCUACUGGGGCAAGAGAAGGUGACGCAUUUUGGAACGAGUCCACGCUAUCUGCAGACGUUGCAGCAACACAAUAUUGCGCCGAGGAAGACCGCAGACCUCAGCUGUAUGAGAGCUGUGACGUGCACGGGUAUGGUUCUGAGCAAUGCACUGUUUGAGUGGUUCUACGAUGUUGGCUUUCCGUCUAUUGUGCAACUAGAUAACAUUUCUGGUGGCACCGAUCUUGCUGGCGCUUGGGGGACUGGUAACCCUAUUUUGCCUGUCUAUAUUGGUGGCUGUCAGUGUUUGAGCUUGGGUAUGCCGGUCAAAGUCUUCGACAGCACAAUCGAACCAACAGAAGAAGAAUUAAGAAAGGGCAUACCAAUGAAAGGACGUGAAGUGAACCAGGCAGGAGAACCUGGUGACUUGGUAGGCACUGGCGCAUUCCCAACCAUGCCACUGUAUUUCUUUGGCGACGAGGACAAGAUCACUACUCCAGGAGGUGCACGAGUUGGGAAGAAGUACUUUGACAGCUAUUUUGCGAAAUACGAUGGUGUAUGGACACACGGAGACUUCAUCUCGAUACACCCAAAGACUGGGCAAGUCGUAUUCUUGGGCCGAGCAGAUGGUGUACUCAACCCAAGCGGAGUACGAUUCGGCAGUUCCGAGAUCUACAGUGUGAUUGAGAAGCACUUCUCGGAUACUGUAUCAGAUAGCAUCUGUGUUGGCCAGCGGAGACCACAAGACAUCGAUGAGAGAGUGCUGUUGUUUGUGUUGAUGAAAGAAGGACAUCGCUUUACACCCGCGUUGGUCAAGAACGUCAGGGCCCGCAUUGCGGAAGAAACAAGUAAACGGCAUGUUCCAGCAUUUGUGUUUGAGACACCUGAGAUACCGACCACGGUCAAUGGUAAGAAAGUUGAAUUGCCAGUGAAGCAGAUUGUCUGUGGAAAGAAGGUGAAGCCUAGCGGAACAUUGGCAAACCCUGGUAGUCUGGAGUUCUACUAUAGAUUUGCUGAAGAUGAAAACCUGAGGGAGAUGGAGCAGGCCAAAUUGUAG